GUCCCCUGCUGUCUCUGGCUGCUCAAGUUUAUGCCCUUUUUCGGUGUAUUCAGCACGAGAGCCGCUGCCACCCGACGCCUAAACUGUCUCAGACCCCAUCUAGCCCACAAACCCAGCUUCCGAACCAUGUUGGACAUCAACCUGCUGAGAGAGGACCGAGGCGGCAACCCCGAGCUCGUUCGUGAGUCCCAACGCAAGCGAGGCGGCAAAGUCGAGCUGGUCGACCAGGUCAUCGAGCUCGACAACGACUGGAAGAAAGCUCGAUUCAACGCCGAUGCUAUCAACAAAAAGCUCAAUGCCAUCAACAAGGAGAUUGGUCAGCUCAUGAAGCAGAAGAAGAAGGAGGAGGCCGAUGCAUUCCUGGCCCAAAAGACCCAGCUUCAGGCUGAGAAGGCCGAGCUCGAUGAGAUCGCCAAGCAGAAGGAGAUUGUCCUCUUCAAGACCCUCGGUCUGAUCGGCAACCUCGUUCACGACUCUGUCAUCGUCUCCAACGACGAGAAGAACAACGCCAUCGUUCGCAGCUGGUGGCCCGAAGGCCGCGACGAAGCCACUGAGCGUGAACGCAGGGCCACUCUUGUUGGAAAGGAUGGCAAGGGCGUCCCCGGUCUCCUCAGCCAUCACGAAGUCCUCGAGAAGAUUGAGGGCUAUGACUCUCCGCGAGGCUCCAACGUUGCUGGUCACCGUGGAUACUUCCUGACGGGCCCCGGUGUCGACUUCAACCUUGCUCUGAUUCAGUACGGCCUGGACUUUUUGGCCGAACGUGGAUACACCAAGCUGUGGACCCCCUUCUUCAUGAAGAAGGAAAUCAUGGCCAAGACUGCCCAGCUCGAGGAGUUUGACGAAGCCCUGUACAAAGUUGUCGGAGAGCUGAACCCUGACGGAACCGAGGCCGACGGUGCCAAGUAUCUGAUCGCCACAUCCGAGCAGCCCAUCUCGGCCCUCCACAUGGGCGAGUGGUUCGCCGAGCCCGAGAAGGAUCUGCCCAAGAAGUACGCCGGUGUCUCCACCUGCUUCCGCAAGGAGGCCGGUGCCCACGGUCGCGACACCUGGGGUAUCUUCCGUGUCCACCAGUUCGAGAAGGUCGAGCAGUUUGUUCUGACCGACCCCGAAAAGUCCUGGGAGAUGCAUGAGGAGAUGUGCACCGCUGCCGAGGAAUUCUACAAGAGCCUCGGCCUGCCCUACCGCACGGUCUCGAUCGUCUCCGGUGCCCUUAACAACGCGGCCGCCAAGAAGUACGACGUUGAGGCCUGGUUCCCCUUCCAGGCUGACUACAAGGAGCUGGUGUCUUGCUCCAACUGCACGGACUACCAGAGCCGAAACCUUGAAAUCCGUGUCGGUCCCAAGAAGCUGAACGACACCGUCAAGAAGUAUGCCCACGCCCUCAACUGCACUCUCACCGCCACCGAGCGCACCAUCUGCGGCAUCCUCGAGAACUAUCAGACCGAGGACGGUGUUGUCGUUCCCCCUCCGCUCCGCAACUACAUGGGUGGCAAGUCCUUUAUUCCCUUCACCAAGGGUGUCAAGGGCGCCCGCGCCGCCUCUGCCAAGCCCACCCCGGCUGCCGAUGCAUCCAAGCCCGCCAAGCCCGCUGCUGCUCCCAAGUCCGCCGAUGCCUCGGAAGGCGAGUCCAAGUCGACCCACUAAGUACUGAUCUGAGAGAAGAGUGACAAGGCGCGCUUGGUGCUUGUCGGACCCUCGUUUGUUGCCGAAAUACAUGCCCAUAUAGCUGCCUGUGCAGAAA